UGACAUUUGCAGAACUUCAUCGACAAGAGUCAAGGAGGCUGGCUGCCACCACCAAAUGGCUCUCACAAAAAUCACCAAGGUCUCUUCUACUUCAAAAUCUUCUAUCAAAAAAAACGCUGCGCCUGGUGUCGUCCGUAAGGGCAAGAAGGCAUGGCGAAAAAACAUUGAUAUACAGCCUGUGGAACAGGGCCUAGAGAGUCUGCGUUCAGAGGAGCGAGUCAUCGGUUCUACGCUACAGAAACAGACAGACGAUCAAUUAUUUGUUGUAGACACCAAAGGAGAUGAUAAAGUCCGCAAGUCGUUACCGCGGUACUCUAAGGCUGAGUUGACUUCCACGAAAAUACUUUCCCAACGAUCUGCCAUUCCUGCCGUGUUUUCUCGCCCAACAAAAGACUCUAUACCAUCACGAUCAAAAGUCAGUAGAGCUGACAAGGAGCGCCUUCUUCGCAUUGCAAAGCGGCCCAGAAAGGGUCCAUUCAAUGCGAUUAUGGACCACACAGAGUUUGGUGCAGGGAGUGCUUUAAUCGAUGUUAGCGCUGCUGUGAAACAUAGCGGUUCUUAUGACCCAUGGACUGCCGAGGAGGUGGAAGAAGUAGCUGAUGGAUUAGAGCAUACGAAGAAACCCAAGAUCAAGCGCCCGGAAUUAUCUCAUCCCCGUGAUAUCAUAGAAGUUCCUGCUGUGUUGGAGCCACAUCAAGGAUCAUCAUACAACCCCCCUGCCGCGGCACAUGAUGAGCUUAUUAGGGAGGCAUGCAGGCUGGAGCGACGUAGACAAGAUGAAGCGGAUCAAUUAGCCGAAGUUCGACGCAAGGUUGCCGAUGCACGUGCACUUGCUACAAAUGUCACGGAGGGCCUUCCACUUGGAAUGACUUUGGACGAGAUACCUACAGAUGACGGCGAACCAGUCCCACAGCACGAUGCGGUUGUACCCAAGAAACCAUCGACACGUAAAACUAAGCAGCAACGAGCAAAGGCGCUGCGAUUGCGCGAGGAGAAACGAGCCUUGGCAGAAAAGGCGGCGAGAAAAAAAAUGCUUGCCACGAUAACAAUGGUUAAAUCUCUCCGUUCAACUGCGGAGAAAGUUGGCCAACAACAAAAUCAAGCGCGAUUGGCAAGGCAGUUGGCGCUGAAGAUGAAGCUUAGAAAGGGUCUGGCUGGCCAACGGCUAGGGAAAUAUAAAGUUCCUGAAAAUGAAAUCGAGGUUCAGAUUGGGGAGGAUCUGAGCGAAAACCUACGAACGCUAAAGCCCGAGGGCAACUUAUUCCGUGAUCGCUUCCGUAGCAUGCAGCAAAGAGCCCUCAUCGAGCCUCGCGUACCCAUCCUCCCAACCAAGCGAGCGAAACUGAAAGAGUUUGAGAAACACGCCUGGAAAAGAUUUGAGUAGCCAGUAUUAUCCUUUUCUUAUGUCACCGACCUUCGAGUGUUGACGGGACGCACUUGUGUCCAGCGCAUGUUGUACAUCAAUUGCAUCUCAUGACGCGGUACCUGUACCUUUUGCAGUAAGUUUGGUGAGAUUUCGUAUUUCUGCGACAGGGCUUGCCCUCAACUCAUCUCAUCUCCCUUACUUCUGUGGGCGCGGCUCUUCGGCAAGACGUGCAUGUUUCUAUGACGCGAUAGGAUGCUUCGGCGCCAGUCACAAUAAUCCCCCGGUUCAGCGCGUCGGUUAUAUCAGAGUUAAUGGUCAGCUGAUUAUUGCACACGUCACGACUCGUGGAGGUGGACGGGCACCCAUGGAAAUCAUGUCUUCAGCAAAAAGACGCAUGGAUGCUGACCUCUGAACACCUCCGAGUCCAUCAUCACGCUUGGAUUGCUGAAUCUUUGAAAUAUCGAGACACUGCGUCUAGUAUAAGGAUGUACAUGUUUGGGUGUUGUACG